AUGAUGAUGACAGUUGAGGCAGUGGUGGGCGUGGCCCAAGCCAUCAACAAGAAAUGUGGAGACAACACACACUUCACAGAACAAGACGAGAAGGAUUUCUCCGCCUACUUGGCCUUCUGUGGCAUCGUGCUGCACAAUGCUCAGCUCUACGAGACGUCACAACUAGAGAACCGCAGGAACCAGGUGCUGCUGGACUUGGCCAGUCUGAUCUUUGAGGAGCAACAGAGUCUGGAGGUUCUACUGAGGAAGAUCGCGGCCACCAUGCUGUCAUUCAUGCAGGCAGAAACCUGCAGCAUAUUCAUUACAGACCAGGAGAACAUGAACUCCUUCUCCAGAGUCUUCCAUAUGGAGUCACACGAGCUGCAGGGAGCAGUGGAGUACCCCAGCAGGGAGAUGAACUACAUGUAUGCCCAGUAUGUGAAGAACUCGAUGGAGGCUCUGAACAUCCCUGACGUCAGCAAGGACCAGAGGUUCCCCUGGACCAGUGAGAGUCCGGAGACGUCACACUCCCAGAUGAAGAGUCUUCUUUGCACACCCAUACGCAACGCCAAGAAGGACAAAGUCAUAGGUGUGUGUCAGCUGGUGAAUAAGUUGUGUGAGCGCGGGGGCGAGACGCAGGUGCGGGCGUUUAACCGCAACGAUGAGCAGUUCCUGGAGGCCUUCGCCAUCUUCUGUGGCCUCGGAAUCCAGAACACGCAGAUGUACGAGACGGUGGAGAGAGCCAUGGCCCAGCAGGCAGUCACACUAGAGGUGCUGUCUUAUCAUGCAUCAGCUGCAGAGGAGGAGUGUCGGGCGCUUCAGGUUGCCACGGUCCCCUCUGCCCAGUCUCUGCGCCUAUUGGAUUUCGGCUUCAGCGAUUUCGACCUAUCAGAAGCCGAGACCACGCAGGCUGCCAUCCGCAUGUUCAUAGACCUGAAGCUCACGCAGAACUUCCAGAUGAAAUACUCGAGUCUGUGCCAGUGGAUAUUGAGUGUGAAGAAGAACUACAGGAGGACUGUAGCCUACCACAACUGGAGACACGCCCUCAACACAGCUCAGUGCAUGUUCGCAGUACUGCGCUCAGGGAAACUACAGAAUAAGUUGAGUGACCUGGAGGUGUUGGCUCUGAUGAUCGCGACUCUCAGCCACGACCUGGAUCACAGAGGAGUCAACAACUCAUACAUCAAGAGGAGUGAGCACCCCCUGGCCCAGCUGUAUUGCCAUUCCACUAUGGAGCAUCACCACUUCGACCAGUGCCUCAUGAUCCUCAACAGCCCCGGUAGUCAGAUCCUCAGUGGCUUGUCUCUGGAGGAGUACAGGGUGACUCUGAAGAUGAUCGAGAAAGCCAUCCUGGCCACCGACCUGGCACUCUACAUGAAGAGGCGGGAUGAGUUCUUCGACUUGACCAAUAGCAGCGAGUUCGAGUGGGAGGACGGAACACACAGGGAGCUACUCAGAUCCAUGUUGAUGACAGCUUGUGAUAUCUCUGCAAUCACAAAACCCUGGCCAGUUCAGAAGAGGAUAGCUGAGCUGGUGGCGACUGAGUUCUUUGAGCAGGGAGACAAGGAGAGACGAGAGCUCAACAUCGAACCAAUUGACCUGAUGAACCGAGAGAAGAGAGAUAAGAUCCCCAGCAUGCAGGUCUCCUUCAUAGACGCCAUCUGCACACAGCUCUACGAGACGCUGGGUGGUCUGUCUGAAGACUGUCUCCCCCUGCUGGAGGGCUGCAGGAAGAACAGGCAGAACUGGCAACUACUGGCGGAGGGGGAGGAGGACGCCAUACUCAGGGGAGGGGAGGGGGAGGAGGACGCCAUACUCACCUGA